CGAGUUCAGUGUAUGCGGGACAGCCUAAGAAGUCGGCGCGGCGGCGUGAAAACCUUUCAAAAGAACCAUUCGCAAAGUUUUGAAAAAUUUUGGUAAACAACUCAAUGUGAACCUACUUUCGCAAAGACGCUUUUUUUUCUUUUUUGUUCACAAAUUGGCUUAUCAUUUUUUUCGUGCGCACUAUUUUAACCAUGCAGCAUGAUUAUCGGACUUUUAUUACGUUUCCUUGUAGAGCGCUAACAAUUGUUUAAAACGAAGUUCUACACAGUGUUUGAGGUAAAGAAGUGUUCCAGAAAUGUUGAGAGAAAGUUCAUCGUUGUUCAGACUGGCGGUGAUGGAGAGAGCUCUAUAACGGAGGGGCUGAGAACCGCCCUCGCCCGACUGCGACAGAGAUCAACUCCCCCCGGUAGCCAGACGUCCCCAUUGCACCAACCUUCUAAGUGUGUAGCCCCUGAGAGCUGCUCUUCGGGCAGCACUAACAACAGCCACUGCCCUUCCAGCCCGCGCCCUAAGAUGACCGUCAAUUCGCAGUCGGGCCCCAGAUCCCCCCGACCCCCCGACGACCUUAUUAGCACUGCCACUUCCGCCCUCCGACGCCUUCAUUUUAAAACAGGAAGAAACGCCACCAAAAAUUCCACUAAGUCACAAUCAGUUCCAAAAGUUAUCGUCAUGGGCUCAAGCACGGCUUCAGAGACCACCAUCAAUACCAGCACCGACAGCUCCAACACCAUCGUAACGACCGUAACAGCAACAGACGGGGACAAUACCGAAGACAGUUUGGACAUUACGGAACCACUGGAUUAUUUCAAUUCUGAUAACAACGCACCGGACGGUAGCAAAAUCCUUCAACCAGUUCCUGUAUCACCUAAAACACCAACAACAGCAAAACAACAAACGCCGCCGACGGCCAAACAUGACACAAAAUUCAACUUUGAAGUAGAAACACCCAAGGCCGUUUUAUCAAAGCAUGACAACAGGUUCGUUUUUGACGCGAACGAGGUCAGCUGCCUUCCUGAAGAAAAGAGCGUGGAAAAGCUAAUGGAAGAGCAGAUAGAGGCUUUGAAACUAGAGGCCCGAAGACGGAAUAGCUACAAAGCUGCUGCACAGGGCGACUUCAAUAAGAUGUCGGUGGCGAAAGCCAUGGAGAGGACCAGCCCGAAGGACUUCAGGAGGAGCUACAGGGCAGCCACUCACGACAUGGAUAAGAAGGAUGGAAGUCCGAAGGAGCACAGGAGGAGCGUGAGGAAGAGGCUGGACGUGGAGGGGAAAGAGAAGCCGGAGAGGACUUCGCCGAAGAGACGGGCGGAGAGGAACUUGAACUCUUCCCCGGAGACAAAUGAGGAUUCUCCAAAGCCUAAACACAGACACAAAAAGACGAGUCGGCGUCACCACUCGCCGAGUAAGCAAAGAGAGAAGUUCAACUACGACGAGAAACAUAUCGCAAAAUAUCGGGAAAAGGCUCGCAUGACCCCGCCUCUGCCAGACCUCCGAGUAGACUUCUUCAACGAAACCGUGGAUGCUUGCCAAGUGGAUUCGUUGCAUGUUUCCGGCGAAAAGCGCGGCAGCGUGUGUCUCAACAAAUGUUUACGAGAAGUGGGGGCCCAGCUAGAAGCAUCUGCCACAUCACCUAUAAAUGUUACUACUAAUCCAUUGGAAAAUUCAGUGCACUUUGGUGGCCGCAAAGCUCCGCAAGCUACCAUUGUCGUUCAACAGCCGUCGCUCAGCUUGGACCACUCGAAUGUGUCCACGAUUCUCCUGAAAAACGGAAGUGAAUUCGUGUCGAACGUAGAGAGUGCCGGGAAUAAGUUGAGUUUCAAGAGACAGAAGGAAGAGAACAUGAAACAGUUGCUGGAUGUUGCAAACAAUCUAACCCUUGAGGAAAUUCAUGACUUCGAAAUGAGGUACGGCAGUCCGCACCACAAUCGAUCUCAGUCCGUGAAGACUCCGGGCCGGUCCUCUGGCAGACCGAACUAUCUUUGUUUGCCACAGCAAAGGUCUAGAGUGGCGUCGAUGCCCAACACAGGCGUUGAAGAGGAGUAUUAUCGCCUACGACACUUCUCAAUCACUGGAAAAGGCGUCGUCAAUAGGGGCGACAGUCUGAAAAGCCGCAGAUCCAGGUCCAAUAAUUCGGUGGCUUCCAGCAAUUCAAGCACAGAGCAACUUCCUGGAGCUGUGUCGGCAGCAGGAUCGGCACGUACUUCCGCUUCCUGCAGCCUGGCAUCCUCGAGAGAGUCAUCCACAAGCGCCCCUGGACCCACUCCAUACAAAGUCCUGAUGUUAGGGGGACCAGCCGUUGGUAAAUCCUCGCUAGUUUCCCAGUUUAUGACUUCCGAGUAUCUUCACGCUUAUGACACUAGCAUAGAUAGCGAAAACUGCCAUGGGAUUAGUCUAAGGAUCGAUUUCGUGUCCGGUGAGGUAGACAAACAGGAUGAUGAAAGCGGCGAGAAAUCCGUGUCCGUUCUCUUAGCCGGCGAAGAAUCCGAACUUACUUUUAUAGAUUUUGCCACAGCUGACUUGUCGCCGGACAGUUGUAUCAAUAAGUAUACAGACCCUAACGCUUACUGCGUCGUCUACUCGAGCUCCGAUCGUUCCAGUUUGGCUUGUGCUGAAAAAAUCUUGCAGAAAUUAUGGACUCUGGACACCAUCAGCACGAAAGCCGUUAUUCUGGUAGCCAAUAAGGCCGAUCUUGUCAGAUCGAAAGUCGUUUCCACUGAAGAGGGGAAAUCGAUGGCUACAGGAUACGAUUGCAAGUACAUAGAGACAUCUGUAGGCAUCAAUCACAACGUAGACGAGCUGCUAGUAGGAAUCCUUACGCAAAUCCGCUUAAAAUUGGAAAAUCCAGAAAGAUCAAGGGAUCUGUUUCGUAAAAGGAGUUCAUCGAAGAAGAAUCUGAAUAGGAACAGAUCCCCGGUUUCCGGGACCGGCACACCUACCGGAAGCGCCCAGAAUUCGCCGAAAAAAUAUAGGGGUUCCCGCACAUCAGCUAGCUUAAAAGUCAGGAAUUUACUGGGGAAAGUGUGGGCGAGGGAUAGCAAAUCGAAAUCGUGCGAAAAUUUGCACGUUUUGUAAUUUUUAGUUUAGUCCUGCCCUAGCCGACGGCUGAAAGUACAAUUCCAAAUGUGAUUUUUUAAAUUAAUUUUCACUGUUUAAUUACUUAGUUUUAGGUGCACAAAUUUUUAUACUUUUUUGACCAUAUACCAUAUCUACUAUUUUUAGUGAUUAUUUUAUAUACUGUAUGUGAAAUAUACUUGUUUUCUAAAACCAAAGUGAUUAUUUUAACAGUCGCUACUAUUGUUACUAACAGUUUCCAGAACAUAUCUACUACACAGGUUGAGCGUAAAGUUUGUCACGUAUUUUCAAAAAUCCAAAGUAUAUAUUUUAAAAAACAGUGGUAAAAAUUCAUUACGAGGCGUCACAUUUGCUGUUCCAAAGAGUUACAAACUCUACAUGCAGCCUGUAUACUUUUCAACACCCAAGAAAUUUUUGUGGGUCCAUGCAAGCAAACACCAAAAAUAGUUGGCCAAACUGUGACAGUGUCGAAGUUUGGAUAAAGCUUAAUUUCUAGUGGUCGAUCAGUGUCAGUAUUUGUAUCAUUUGCAAAAAUUAAUCAAAUUGGGUCCAUAACAUAGCAACUAAUUAGGUAGUUAGGUGUAAAAUAUUUGUAGAAAUUGUAAACUAGAGUAAUAUAAAUUUUGAAUUUGUAUUUUACUGAGCAAGGUGGAGCUUUAAAAUUGCGCGUCAAAUAUUGUUAGUUAUCAUUACGGCAAUGCAACUAUUCAGAACCAUUUCAGUUAGUAGAGAUACAGGGUGUUUACCGUUUUACACUCAGUGAAAAUAGAAUCAUACAGCCUGGUCCAAAAUAAAUCGACCACGUGAUGGUAAAAGUGUAAGAAAUGACUGACAAGAGUUCAUAUCAAGCUUUUCCUACUAUUUUUAAUCAGAAAACACUACCUAAGUAGUGUAGCUCAUUUUGGACCGGCCUGUACUUUAAAUGUAAAUAAUCACCAUUAUUUGAAAACAUUUUGCUAUUAAAAAUCAUACCUAAAUAAAUGUAAAUUUGGUAAAUGUAUUUUAGUUUCUUCCGAGUAUAAAAAUAUUUUUGUCUGGGGGUAAAUAAUUUCGGCGUGAAAUUUGAUGAGAAAUAUGUAAAUGUGGAAUAAAUUUGAUUUGUCUUUAAUUGUAAAACUUGAAGCCUUUGCACAUUAAUUCACAAACAAAUUUGCAUCGUAAUUGCUAUUAUCAGUUUAACGUGCGAAAAUAUUUUUAUACAUCAAAUACUAUUUCAAAGCUGUAGUUCCAACGUUAUUAUCAUUUGUAUUAAAGUAUUGAAUGAUCAAAAUGAGAAUUAGAGAAUUUGACCAAUUUUAUUUGUGCCUUUGUAUAGGCUUGGUUAGAGAUCAAAAGUGUUUAUAAGGACUGAAUUUAGAAUGAGCGUAUUCCAUAUUCCUCUG